AUGGAUGGAUUAAUUGAAUACACACAGGCUAUGUCUAAUUUUGAUUCUGUUUACAAUGCUUCACCAAAUCUUAUACAUCAAUCUAAAAUGUAUAAUCCUAUGUCCUCAUCGAUAACUUCUUCAAUAUUUUCAAAUCGACCAUCAUCACCAUUGUUUCGUCGUUGUCAAUCUCCUUCAUUGAGACAACCAAUAUCAACUGGAUCAGGUCCAAAAUUUAAUUUCGAUUUAUAUAAAAUGGAUCAAAAUGAUGAUGAAUUUGAUAAGGAUUCUUUAUCUUCUUAUCGUUCAUUAUCACCAACUUCUAGAAUAAUUUAUCAUCAUCCAAUAUAUUCUCCUCGAUCAUCUUCGAUUCCUAAACUACAAGAUCUAUCAAAAUUACAACAAAUUAAUGAUGAAUUAUGUCAAACACUUGCUCAAUCAGAAUUAACCGAUCGUUCACCAGUACAUUAUCAUAUUCAUCAUUAUCCAUUAUCUCAACAUUCACAUAAAAAAUAUCGCUCUCGAUCAAUAAGUGAAGAAAGUUCAUCAUCAACUGAAUUAGAAGUGUCACCAAAAAUACACAAAGCUCGAGUUACAUACAAAGUUCAUAUUCCACGACGACAUCAACAAUCUUCUCGUCAUAGAUCAACAGCAGAUGUUUAUUCUAAUAAUGAUCCAAUGUUUAUUGAUUUAUAUCCAACACGAGAUCAAGGUUUCGUAAAACAGAUAAGAAAAAAUCCUAAUAAUCAAAGUCCAUGGAUUGUAAAUGGUACAUCAGUUCGACGUUAUUCUUAUUCUGAUGCAAAUACAUCACAACUAUCCGAGACACCAAGAGAAUUAUACUACGGUGAUAAACCAAUUAAAUUACGUCGUCGAUCGGUUCGUGGCAAAGAACGUCCAUCAUCAAGUUCACGCCAUCAAUCAUCUGCUGUUACAUAUCGUACUCAUCCUGAUUCUGCUCCAUCUUAUGCAUCAGAUGAAUAUCAAGAAUCGAAUGGUUCACCUAAACAACCGAAAUUCAUUGAUUCUCAUAUUCCAUCAUCAAAAUCUAAAUCAUCACUACAUAAAACUUCUCGAAAUCCAGCUGAUGUUACACAUAAACCAAAACAUAUUCGUACAUAUGAUCCUCAUAAUGAAUCAUCUUCAUCUAGUAGAACACGUAAACCUAUAUGGCAUCCUCCAUCAAAAACUGUUUCUACAAAAUCACCAAAAUAUUCUGAAGUUCUUUUAAAACCAGAAUAUGAUGUAUCAACUGAAAAACGUAUCAUUGAUGGAACAGAAUCAGAACCAGUAUCUCAACGUAAAACACUAUCAAAUCGAACAAAAAUACGGAAUGGAGAUUCAAAUCUUAAAAAACGUAUUGCAAAUGCUGACAGUAAAGUAAAAUCAACAUGGGAACCAACAGUAAAUGGUUUAUCGAAAUCAACUGUUAAAGAACCUAAACCAUCGGCAACUACAAAUACUGAUCAAAAUUCAUUAAAUAAUGAAUCAACAAAGCCUAUAAUUGAACCAACAUCAAAAAAUCAAAAUUUAGUUCAUGGAAAUGAUCAUAGUAUUCAAUAUUCAUCAGAAAAUGAAUCAACAAAAUCAGAACGAUCAAAAAAACAAGAUUCAUCUCGUUCAACGCCUCGCAUAGAAAAACCACCAACACCACAACAACCACGAAAACCAUCAACUGAACUUCCAUCUUUACCUACAGUUAAUGUUAAUAAUAAUAAAAAACCUAAUGAUAAUAAUGCAGAAAAACCAGAUGGUCAACACGAACAGCCAACAUCAUCACCACGUUCUCCACCUAAAGUUCCAACAUCUGAACGAAAAACACCAUCACCAAAACCAAAGAAUAAAAAUGAUGCAUUAAUAAUUGAUGAUGAUAGAGAUGAAAAUGAUGAAGAAGUUGCGAAUAGUUUUGAUAUUAAUAAAUGGCUUAAUGAUGCAUCGCAAGCUAUCUUAGGUUCUUCACGAAAAGGUGAUACUGCUCUUCCUUCUCGGCCACUUCCAAAACCUAUUGUCAAAAGUCCACCCCGUCGUAAACAACAAUCACCAUCAAGAUCUUCUGAAGCUUCUGAUCAAGAUUUAUAUAAUCCUCCAUUUGGUCCAAAGAGAAAUAAUCAACAACCAAUCGUUCCUCCUCCGCCACCACCGUCACAACCAUCACCACCGCCGCCACCACCACCAACAACAACAACAAACACACCAACAGCAGGUGCAACUAAUGAAAUUGAUGAUUUUUUUAGUUAA